UGCUAGCCUGUUUGCUUGAGCAUGUAAUGUUAUCUAGCUACGGAAUCUUGGUGCAGUUUUUUUUACAGGCCCUUCCACUAUCUCCGGUAAUGCUAAUGCAGUUUACACGUUUGUUGUGGAACAGUGGCCUACAACCUGUCUGCACUUUAUAAAUCGCAAAACAGUAGCUUUUGGCAGAAUAGCUGGUACAAAUAAUCUUUGUAGCAGGAUUAGUUAACAUUAGCUAGCAAAGCUAAAUUGUCCGUACAGUAUUUGUGAAACUUUCUGAUUUUUAAGUGCGUUUUCCGACUACGCUACGUAUGUCUACGCUACAUAAGUAGUACUAUGUUUGAGAUUUCCAGCCACCAGUACUUCCUGAAGACAUUAAAGGAUGGCGUACAGAAGAGACAGGAGCACUAUCCGAGCAGCUUACGAUGAGCAUUUCCAUCCAGAAAGGGAGAUGCCCUACAACAGAGUGGUGAAUAUGGCUGAGAGGAGGGGAGACUUCAACAGACCCGAGGAAGCCUACCACAGAGAUUUUGACUACGACGGCCCGCGGUACUACCCAAACGGAGGCCCCCGCAAUUACCACGGAGACGACCACAGAGGGUACCACGAGAACGCUCACUUUGGGAACGUGCGCAGGAACGCCCCCCCCUCCCGAAGGGAGGAGGGGUACCACUAUUACAGGGGAUCCAGGGACGAUUCCCAGGGGGGGCGACAGAUGGAGUUCAGAGCCAACAGCAGAGCGGGCCCCCCACCCAACGUUAGAGCUCAGGGCUUCUGUCCCGCCCCCAGGAGCUUGUCCAACGUAGUCCCCGAAGUCGCUGAUGACACGCUAAUGCAGGCCAUUCUGAACUUGGAGCGAGGGGAGGACCGGGAUCACUUCCGGAGGAAGAGCUCCUUCCCCCCGCAGCGGGACAGGUCCCCCCCCAAGCGGGACGUCCCGCACUCGCCGCACAGCCGCUCCGGGUCCAGCGUGAGCAGUCGCAGCUACUCUCCCGAAAAGAGCAAGAGCUACUCCUUCCAGAAGCUGCAGAAGAGCAAUAAAGAAAGGGCCCCCAGUCAGCCUGUGACUGCCUCCAGGGAUGGGUCUCCUCAGAGCUCUGUCUCCACCUCAAAGGCGAGCGUGGACAAGGCCAGCAGGCCUCUGGAGCCCCCCCUGCCGGACCCUCUGAGGGAGAAGGUCGAGGAGACGCAGGAGAGACCCAGCGACGUGCCCGAGACGCUCGCGCAGUUUGAGGAGAUCUCGGGCUUGGAUGCGGAGCAGGAGGACCUCCUGCCUGUCAAAGACGAGGCCGCCAAGGCCAAGGAGAACCUCCAGGAGCGGCGGUCCAAGGCCAUCGCCGCCAAGGCCCGGGAGAUCGAGCAGGUGUUCAGGCAGGACUGCGAGACGUUCGGGAUGGUGGUGAAGAUGCUGGUGGCCAAGGACCCCAGCCUGGAGAGCCAGCUGCAGACCCCGCUGAGGGAGAACCUGGGGGAGAUCCAGCAGCGCUGCCUGGAGGACCUGCGCCACUUCAUCUCCGAGCUGGACGAGGUCCUCCAACCGGAGGCCUCCGGAUGAGCCUCGGCGCGGGGCCCCCGGAGGUCCGGCUGCACCUCCACACCGGCAUCAGGGAACUGCUUCACCCUCAUCCUAACGUCGGGCUGGUGGAGAGGAAGUGAGGUCACCCAAUCUACAUCCUCUCUCUACAGGAAAAAAAACUCGCUUUUAUUUUGUCUCUCCUGUACAUUCCAGCACUAACUCUGGACUCCAUGUUGCUCGUGUGUCUCCUGCACAACACGAAAACAUCCGACUACAAACUGCUCCGGAAACAACAGUGUGAAAUGGAAGGAGAGAUUCGGGACUUGGUUCCAGAGAGAACCAGCUUAAGAUAAAUCAACAUGCUCGUCAGUUGCUUAUGGCAGGGGGGGGUCCUCAACCAUGGACCUAGAGAUCCCCUAGGGUCUGCUUGGGAAUUCAGCCAUGGACAUGUAGAUCCACUGGAUGUGCUAGGGUACUCAGCCCUGGACCCAGAGAUCCAAUGGGUCUGCAAAGGUACUGAACCCUGGAUCUCGAGAUCCAUUGGGUCUAACUGCAUUUUGUUUUCACCUUGAUAUCAGCAACUGCUUCACACGCAGGAAAUUAUGCAUUCAACUGCCUAAAUUUGUCAAUAAAUGCAACAAAUUGUUUUAAUUGAUCAAUUUAGUGCGGGGUUGUGGGUAAAAUCAGCGGACCCUGUGGCUCCCCAGGGCUACAGUUGAGGCCCAGAAGCCUUGUGCGUUUUCUGUACCAGAAGUAUGACGGGGAGGGGGUGGGGGAAUGAAAGGAAGAAAAAAAAAGUGUUACGCUGUUUUAUUCUUUCACGUAUUGUAAUCCAAUCCUCAUUUUUUCAGUUUCACACAACAUUUUUAAAUGUAUGUAUCUUUUGUGGAAUAUUUGGAAUGAACUUUCCUCAGAAACUGGCCUGCCAGUUUUCUCUGGCAGGUUGGUCAGUAGGUGGACAGCCUAUGCAGGGCUCGCCUCAUUUUUACCUUCUAUUUUCAAGUUUUUUUUUUUUAGAAAGUUCAGUGUAUGUAAAUAAUAAAAGUAUUAAUUGUACCAGUC